CUGGCCUUGGCUUAACACCGAACUAGUACGGACAGUUUUACCUGUCUGUUCAGUGAAGGAUGUCGUUAGAAUGGCUAUAGGAAAGGGGAAGAUGAGGUGGAUCUGAGUUUCGUAUUUAUAUUCCGUGUAAUUAGAAGAUGUCUUCAAGCAAUAUUUGGAUGUUUUGUGUUGUGAUUUUUAAUACUUAUAUGUUGACAUCGUCUCAAGAAACCAGAGAAACCAGUGAAAACAUAACUGUCGAAAUCCCGGAUUUUAUAACAAAUUCAGAAGACUGCAUUUUCCCUUUGAAUUUUAAUUUAAAACUAAAAUUUCGAGGUAUUUUAUCGAUGGACCUUUCGAGGAACUCCCACCUACAUGCGAAUAAACCUGUAUACGUCAUUAGGAGGGAUCCCGAAGGAAAUGGAAUGGUUAUUCCGGAUCAGCUCCAAGACAUACAGGAUGUUGAAUUCUACCAAAAUCUUGAGAACGAAGCAUCGAUAGCCCUCAGAUGUUACCUUGAAAAUGGAGUCAAAACAGUGGAAAUAGGGGAUACUGGAAAAGAAGUUAAACAUUUUCCAUUAACAUCAACGUAUUCGAUGGGUACAUUUACAGAAGGAAACCUGCAAUAUACUUUAUCGGUAGAUGAUACUAUAAAAAAGGGUCACGAAGCAUCACCAAAUACAAGUAACACUAUGUACCGGGUAACUCAAAGACCUAGAGGCCUUCCUAUAGACCAUGACUACAGAUAUCUCCCCACUGACCUUCCAACAGAUAUCCUCCUUGAAGGACAGCUACCUACAACACGUCAACCAGCUAGUGACCGCUUCCGCCGAACCGUUAAUCCACGCUCGUACAUAAUUGAUCUGUUGGUUGUUGUAGACUACCAGAUAUAUCAAGAUUGGCUUAACAGAGACAUUGGAUUCAAUGAUUAUGAUAAAGACCAAAAUGUCAAAAACAACCUUCGGCGCUAUUUUUCACAUUUUAUAAAUGAGAUAGAUCUACGAUACCAAGGCAUCGUCAGUGCGGACCUCAAAUUUUCAAUUAGCAUAGCAGGCUUUAUCGUUGCUGAUAGACCUGAAACAUACCCCUGGAUCGAGAUCAGAAGGGAAAUAGCCAAACCCAGGGACUACGUAAAUGCUGACGACGCCCUGAAAGAUUUUAGGUUCUGGGUUAAGAACACAAAGGGUUUACCACCUCACGAUCACGCCAUGCUGUUCACAGGAAUUGAUCUUUACUCUUCAAACGAAAACACGAAACUCCUACACACUGCAGGACUAGCCUUCAUUGGUUCAAUGUGUCGACCCAAUGGUGACAGUGUCUCCGUUGUUGAGGAUCACGGAGGAUUGCAGAACAUCGGCACAGCCUCCCACGAACUAGGACACAGCCUGGGAGCUCUUCAUGAUGGAGAGGAUAAUAGUUGUACCUCUUCCAAUCGGUACAUCAUGGCGUCUUCCGGGUAUGGACCAAUUCCACCCGAGAGACGACUCAACCAGUGGAAGUUCUCGCAAUGCACAGUAAACUACUUCCGGGAGUUUAUCAACAAUCUCACAAGAACUGGAUACAGCUGUCUUUCCGACAGCUAUGAAGACAUCGCAGUGUCGUCAACAGAAGUUCCAGGUCAACUCUUCAAUCCUGACGAGCAGUGUCGUCUGAUCUGGGGACCAACUUCUUAUCUCUGUCGAGGCUAUGAAUUUGGUAAUGCUAGUACGAUAUGCACAGCCAUGUACUGUAGAGACCCAGGCACUGAUAGUGACUGUGUGCUGCAUUUUGCUGCUAGGGGUACAUCGUGUGGGAAUAAAAAGUGGUGUUCAGCUGGACAAUGUGUUCUGUCUCCACAUGCUCCUCAAAAUCAAGGAACAUGUCUCCUUGGUGACCAGCCCGGGACUGCCUUUAUAUCGAAAACGUGUGACGAGCUGGUGAACGAAGUACCUGCUUAUUGUUACCAGGAAAAAGUCCGAGCUCGUUGUUGUGGGUCGUGUGGCAAAUAUUACACCUGGAGAAAGGGGUGUGAGUAUGGCGAUCGUGUGAAGGGAUGCCAAGCUUGGCAUUGCAACAUGAUUGGUACAGAGAGCGACAUAGAGAGAGACUGUUGUGGAACGUGUAAUGUAGGCGAAAAAAUUACGACCACGCCCACUCCGACAUUCACAGUCACGCCUGAUCGCAAACCGGAGCCGCCCACAAUGCGUACAUCGUGCAAUGAUAAAGCAGACAUCAACGAUAAGUCUUGUGAAGAGUUUGUGCAUACAAAUGGCCGCCAUUUGUGUUACGAUAGCAUCAUCGAAUCCUUCUGUUGCCAUAGCUGUUUCAAGAUCAGGAAUAAUGAAGAAACAGAAUGUCUAUAUGGGGACCGAUUGCCGUCGUUGUGCACUAAUUCUAGAAAUCGUACUGCAGCAUGGUGCAAAACAUACCAGACCGACUGUUGUGGAACAUGUAAGGAAGUUAUCUCAGGUGCUCCUGCCCAACAAUGGAACGUGGGACUGUCGGCACUACUCAUCAGUCUCCUCAUCUUCAUUUGAUAGUAACUAUGGAAUACUUUAUCAGAGGAAUUCCAGCGACCUGUUAUCAAUUUCGACCCAAGGGUACCGACUUCACGUCAAGUCAGUUACAAAAGAACAAACGCCAACAAGUAGACAAGAAAUUUUCUAACUCUGUGUAGAAGAUAUAGUUGGUUUGUGUCUCUCUGAGUUUGUUAAAAAAACAUUUACACAAAAAGCUUGAAACCAAGAUGUUACCUCAUCUGCGUUGUGUUAUAAAGGAAAAUUAUGUUAUUGACUUGCUGAAAUGGAAAGCUCGCUGAGCUUAUUUUCAAUAAACAAUGCUUCGUACUGAAAGUGGGAAUCAUGACUGAUGUGAGUGGAUGCGCGUUUUCCCGUGAUGAUGUAAUAUAUGUUAUUGGUGUGGCGUUAUUCUGCUUACAAACUAAAAGGUGCUUAAAUUAUAACACAAAUCGAGUUUCUGUAGAAAGUAAUCACUAGUGGACAUUGACAGGUGGUAAAUUCUCUGUGAUGUUUUGACGACUAUUUUACAGACACAUUUCUGCGAUAAAUAUUUGUAGGCGUAGCUUAGGUUAUUAUAUAUCUUAAUUUCAGAUACACAAAACAGUAUAAAGCAUAUCAAAGAAUAUUGCAAACAGGGUUCCUGAAUCGCUAAUGGGUGAUAUUUAUCGUCUUCUCUACAAUGUCACGUCCUUAAAUGACCUCAACUGUUAAUAGGACGUUAAACAAUAUAACACCAAACUCUACAAUGUACAGUUGAUUCGUUUUUUUUUCGAGUAAUUGAUUCUAACAAGUUCAAACAAUAACCAACAAAUACGUAAACAAUUAAUUUCCUCGAGACUGAACAAUCGAGAUAUAAGAACGCUAGUAAACUUCCAACAAUUGUAUAUAAGUAAUUGAUAAGUGAUUGAUAUCAUUGAUAAUAAUUCCCUACAAUUGCUAAUACAUGUUACAGAUGCAAAGCAAAAAUCUUGGUUUUAUCAACAACGUGCUUUCUUAUUAUAUUAACAUUCGUGUGGUAUUGUUCCGAUACUGAUAGAGUUCCCAAUGUCAGCGUUCUACAAAUUCACAUGUUUCAGUGUAAUUGCUUUUAACAUUAGGUCCGAACUUAAUAUAUUUUGCUGGACUAAUAGUGCACUUAUCUUCAGUGUGGGUGAUAUUAUAAAUAUAACACUGACACACAUAAUCAGCGUUAUUUGAGCUGGAUUAUAUCACAUGUUGCUGCUGUUGUUCAUGCUGAUUGGGUAGCAGUCCGAUGGUUUUCUUUUAUGGUGAUAUGGUGAAAUUAAGAUAUUCGGUAUUACAAGUUUGUUAAUGUAUCCGGAUUUUAAAAGGCCUAAUAUCAUAAAUACAUUUGGUUAUUAAGUAAAGAAAAAUUAAAUGUCAUUGUGCAAUUGUUCAAAAAAGCUGUACUUUUAUCAAAUUAAUGAUGCGCAAAUAACAUACCACCCGAGGAGAUUUCCCUCAAUCUGUUAUGUUGUAUUACUUUUCUCUUCGAGAGUAUUUAUAUCCGUACCAUGGAACACCAUUGAGUAGAUCGGAUAUUAGAAGAUUAUAUAAAUAAAGAUUAAGAAAAUAGUACGGACUGUUGUCUUAAGCAUUGUCUCUUACAUAGAGGGAAUAAUUUAAAAUCAGUUCUAUUAAACAUAGACAAUUGUGUGGGAUAGGUGUUUGGAGUAAAAAAGCUUUUUGAUUUAUAUUUAAGUUGUUGGUGAAUAAAUAUUGAGAAGUACA